AUGUUGCCAAAUCUGCUUCGCAAGUGGAAAUAUAUAACAAAUAUGCGCUUUAGUCCUCUUAUUCACAAGCAGGUACUUCUCCAUCACUUCAUCACUUCACUCGUUGAUGCAUGUUUCAAGUCUGGUAAGGAAAUUUUCCUGGAAUGUUCACGUCACCAUGAAUCAAUGGCCAACAUAGGUUUCUUGGAAACAUUUUGCAAACUCCAGAAGCCCAUCAUUCUCCUUUCCAGGGAAGAGUGCGUGGAGCCCCGCACUCGCAAUCCGUUUUAUGAAACUGCUCGGGUAAGCCCCUUCCCUGGGGACUUUUACAGCCGAAUUUUUUUCGGCAAGGACCAUGUCAAACCCGACUAUUGGAAUGACAUCUGUCAUUUGCAACUGCCAUAUUCACAACCGCUCUCAAAAUCUUUGAUCGAAAGUUUUGUUCCCGCAGUUGUUCUCCCUGUUGCGAUGCUCCGAAAAAUACGACUUUUGAUUGACAUCAUCCUCUACGACAUUCACUUCCAGCCUGGUGCUCUGGGAUGGUUGGCAGGUCACGCCCCCGAUAUCAAAAGGACCCUGAACCACCGCUCAUGGGUGUUCCUUUGGGCGGUUCCCAAGACUGUAGACAGCAUACUGAGAGGCAUCAGCCAGAUAUUCAAGCAACCGGAUGCAGCCAUUACGUCAGGGGUCACGAACUUCAAUGCUGUGUUGGUUGGCACUGUAUUCACCUCUGUGUACCCCAGCAUUUGCUAUCAACCCAUGUCGGGGCCGGUUUAUGGUUACAUGAUCGCGGGGGCUGCCUUCAGCGUCUGUCUGUUGUCAGCCCUGGCCGCCAUCUUGGCCCCGACCAAACUGCCGCCCUUCACCCUUCCCUUCAACAUCGCCACCUGCAUCGUGUUCAUCUGCCUCCGAGGGCGCGGCCUGGUGGGGGCCCCGCCCGAUGAGGCCGCUGGGACUCCUGACGGUGACGGAAUAGAGUGGGAUCAGGUCUUCGUAGGGUGGGUGAGGUCCGUCGGCCAAGUUUACGCCUUGGAGAGCCUGGUGUGUUCUGGUCUCACGCUGGCCGGCCUCCUCUUGUACUCUCCUGUCCUUGUGUUUUUCGCAAUGGCCGGCGCUCUCGUCUCCACGGUCACGGCUCUGGCGGUGACGUCGGCCCCAUACGCUGACUAUCUACGCUGGAGGCUGGGGAUACAACGGGUUCCUGUCAGCCGGAAGCCUUGUCAUCUUCAUGGUUCCUUCUCCGAGAAUCUUCCUCCUUGCCAUCGUCAACGCCUCCUUCACUACCUUCCUUCACGCGGCUCUCGUUCCUUCAUUCGCGCUGAACCAACUGCCAGUGUUUACCUUCCCGUUCUGCAUAAGUUCCCUGCUGUUCUUGGCCAUGGCUGGGACAGGGGGCAUGGACAGUGAGAGAGUGCAUGAGCCAACUUUCCCGGAACGACAUUUUGUGCUCCAGUUACGGAACAUCCGGGAUGACGCCAGUGUUUAGUGUCGACGCUCUUCCUUGAUCGAAACCAUUGGUUGAGUAGGAUCUUAGUACAAAACACGAGGCAUAGUUUUUUUUAUUACUGUGGUCUUUCUCUCUUUUAUUUUCUUUUUUCUUGUAGGUUUAAGCGCUGUCAUCUUUUGGAUAAGGCUGUGAUAUAGAUCGGGGUUUAUUUAAAUGUUUUAAUUUGUGAAGGGUAAAGAUAACAGGUAAUUUGUUUGAAUCCUUUUGACUGAAAUUUGAAUGAAAAAAUGUGGACACGUACUCUAUUUUGAUUUUUUUUUUUAAAUGUUACUGAUAUGGAAACCUUAAUAAUUAUGGUUAUGAUAAUGUUAUUUCAAUACUAAUAACAAUAUAUUCUCGAAAUGUGGGAUAAGAGUAAACAGGUGAGGCAGGUAGGCUAAUUGUUGCCUCCUUGCUGACGAGGCACUUCAGGAAGCCAGCUGGUUAUAAUCGCAAUGAAUCCAUUAAAUUUACGGCGUACAGGGCAUGUGAUUUGGGAUAAUGAUGGCAUAGGUUACAGGCCCAAAUAACAGUGUUCAGCAAGGCCUCCAUGUGGUCAUUUAAAAGUUUUUUUGUUUUUUUUUUUAUAUUAGACGAUAUAUUUUAAUAACGACUUUUUGGUUAGUCGCAAUGCAUUACAUGUUGCAGUCUGUUUCAGUAUUAUGUGUGUGUGUGUUGCUAUCCGUUUUAUUUUAUGUUUAUGGGGAUGUUUGUACACACGCACACGCACACGCACACGCACACGCACAC